AUGCAGCGGGUUGAGAGCGGCCUCUCCCAACAGGUGGAGGCCCUCCAGCAUCCCAGCUUGUGUCUCGACCAACAAAACCGGGUGGCCAGGCUGCCGGUGCGGCUGCUCAGAGAUGAACCAGCCGCUGCGGACGAUGACCACGCAGAAGGCGGCUUCCAACUGAAGGUGGAUGCCCAGGGCUUCAGCCCCGAGGAGCUGGAGGUGCGUGUGGAUGGCGGGUGCCUGGUGGUGACCGGCCAGCAGCACCUGGAGAGCUGUGGCCCGAAUGGCGGCGGAUUCCGCAUGGCGCGCAAAGUACACAAGCAAAUGCAGCUCCCGCACGACCUGGACCCGGCCUCCAUGACCUGCUGCCUGACGCCCUCCGGCCAGCUGUGCGUGCGCAGCCCCUGCCGGCUGCUGCCUUCCCUGGGCACCGGGCCUUCCCCCAGGCUGAGAGGCCGCAGUUCUCAGAGUUACAACCUAGCCUGAGCCAGUAAAUAC